ACAUUUUUUUGUUACAUUUACCAAUGAGGUUGUUAGGAUUUGGAUAAUUUAUCAUUUAUUUUAAUAGAAUAACGAGCAUUUCUAUUAAAUACAUAAAUAAACAUAAUCUAAUUCCACAAUGGAACAUGUCGAUACUACACUACCCAUAAAUUCUAAUAUAAAGUGUCAUGUUUGUGGUGAAAAUCAAUUUGAAGAACGUGAAGGUUUUUACUAUUGCCAGGAAUGCGGUACAAAACAGGAACAAGUGCGUCUAGUCGAAGUUAACCAGGAUGAUGAAUUUAACAACGAGAAAUUAAAGACAAAGAAACUUAAGAUUCAAGUGGCGAAAGCAGAAAAACCACAAUUAACUUCCUGGGAAUGCUAUAAUUAUAUAUUGCGUGGUUUUGUGGAAGAACUGCUCUCCAUUGGCGCUAAAGAGGAACUUAAACUAAUGACACUGCAAGUAUGGGCAGCAUAUUUAAGACGCAUGGAAGUGGCAUUUUUCAAUCGUAAACAAGCGGAUUUACCCAAAUUGGGUAUAAAAUAUCUGCAAAAUGAUGCGGAAACAAUUUACAAUCACUCAAAGGCAGCUCGUAAAAAACGUCAACGUAGACGUAGUGAAGGUACUAGUUGUACUAGUGGCGAUGAAUCCAGAAGUACCGCCAAAGAUUGGCGUAAAAGCAAACGCAAAUUAGACGAAUCAAAUUACUCUAUUACAUCUGGCACUUCCGCUACAUCCGGAAUCUCGGGUUUUACAUCUUCAACAUCGGCUCAUUCAAAUAGACCCAUAAGAAUUGGCUUCAAUAUAAAGGCUAGAUCAUUUUUUAAGAGAACAAUGUCUAAAAAACAUUUAGAGAAACAUGCCGCCGAUAGUGAAGGCCAACUGAAAUGCCAUCAGCAACCUAAAGCUCGAAAAAUUAAUCGUACAGAUUAUAGUCUAAUGGUAAUGAACAUCAAACAAAUUUAUUCAGUUUUAGCUAUAGCCUUAAAUUUGAUUGGCGAUGAUAUACAACUUUGUGAUUUGGUACGUUUUAUAAAUGAGGGUCAUAUUAGUACUGCAAAUGUUUUACAAUAUUUUCCAGAAAAUAUUGCCAACUACGGUAAAGAGAUGUUAAAGAAAAUCAAUUUUUAUAAAUGUCCCGAUAAAUACUCAGACAAGUGUCUAAGAGAACAUAGUAGUAUAAUAUGUAAAAAUAUCGGCAUACGCGCUCCUAAGCAACCAGAUAUAAUAAAACUAGUGCGUAGAUAUAUUACAGAAUUAUGCUUGCCUAUUGAUAUAGGCGAUUAUAUUGAGCGAUUAAUAAACAUACUGCCGCCACAAUUUGAGAUUCGUACAUUAGGAUUUUAUCCCGGUUAUGAAGCCAGAGCUAUGGCUUAUAUUGUUUUCACCUUAAAGCUUUUAUUUGGCUUAGAUGGCAGCAAUGAACAUCGUAUAUCACAGACAACACAGAAGCUCAAUUUGAAAAUAAAUGAUUUGAAUUGCAAAAAGAGUGAAAAUCAACCACAAAUUUUUGUAUGGACGGAAUGGGUUGAAUAUAUUGAAAUGCGAAAAAUCAUUGUCUCACAAUUUAACUCAGCUUUUUGUGAACAAUUUAAACAGUGUCAAAGCACAAGUCAGUUGAUGGAACAAAUGGCUGAAGAUAUACGCAAAACUGAAGAUAACAAUAAUUUACUAAACGACACAACUGAUAACAGUCAUUCCAAACAAAAAAUUAAAAAUUUUAGAUCUCUGUUCGAACGUUUUCAGGAAUCUUACAAAAUCGCUGAAAACGACCAGAAGCCGGUACAACUUAUUGAGUUUAAACCUACGUUUACGCCAGGUCUAUCAUAUUUAAAACAUAUUUUUCUAUUGUAUGACAGAGAUACAGAUAAUAUAAUGGACUUAGAAAUUCCCGAUUUUAUGCGCAUCGAUCAUGCUCAGCGUAAUAUUAACUGUUACUUACAAGUAAAACCCCUAAUUGCCUACUUUAAGAAACAUCAUCUGAAACUGAAGGUUCAUGCUUUGGCUCCAAAUAAGAAUAACAAUUAUGUUGGUGUAUUUCGCGCACCUCGCACUAUAAAUAAUUCAAAAAUUAAAGUUGAAAAGGCAUGUUUUAAUAUAACCGAAGAGGAAUGGAUUGAAAAUAUUAAAGAUGAUGUUGCUCAUGGUACAGAUGAUUUACUCUUUCUAACUGAUAUGAGAACCUAUCCAAAGUUUUAUAUCGAUCAAAUGAAACGCAAAACGAAAAAGAUGGAUUGUUUUAAUCCAACUAUGAAUUAUGAUUUAACGAUGAUACAAGAUGAUACGGAUAAUGAAGGUGAUAAUGAAAAUAUGCCAAAAAAAAGGUUUUCAAAACAAGCAUCCAACAAUAACGAGGACCUACAAUCCAUGCAUUCCUUUGAAUUAUUCAGUGAAAAUAAUAUGGAUCCCAUUGAUAAUCAAGACUUCAUACUUAAACCAAGAAGAAAUUUAGAAAAUAUUGAUUUAUUUAAAGGUAUAAGUGAUGAAGAAUCAAUAUUAAAUGAAGAUGAUGAUGAUGACAAUAGUAAGGAAUGUGAUGGUGAUGACAACAUAAUGGACAGCAAUAUGCAACAUUCAGGAUCAGAGGAAUUAAAGAAAUUUGCAAUAGAUUCAAGUUCGAAGACACCAAUUAUCUGUGAGGAGUUUAUUAAAGUCGAACCAGUUGAACAGGAUUCAGAAGAAAAUGACAAAAGGAAAGAAAAAAAUAUUAAAUGUAAUGACUUGAAAUUUUACAUUUCCAAAAUGGACUAUUGGUUGCUGAUUGGUAAUAUUCAAAUGUUGACAAAAGGCCAAAAAACUCAACUACAAGAUAAAUUUCCUCGUUCCUUUAACUGGCUGCUAGAAACAUGUGCCCAAACCAUUAAUGUUGAAUGGUCGGCGGUAUAUGAACAGUUGUUGUGUAUAGAGUUAAUGUUUUGUUUAGGCAUCAAAGAUCCUAAUACAAUAACAAAUUGUGUAUAUAUCAAUGGUCAUAACCCCAUUAAGGAAAUUCAAAGCCUUAUAAAUACAUAUAGAGAGGUCUGGUAAGAAAAAACUGAGAAUAAACCAAAAUAUAAUUUA